AUCUGGUGAAGAAUUUGUUUGAUCUCUAUUUCAUUCGAAGCAAAGCGAGCAGUGGGUACACAGUCAGAUUGAAAAGACCUAGUCCACCCACCGGGAGUGAGCAAAAGAGUAAGAUAAAAAGAUGAAUUUGUGCAUAAGGAACAAAGACAAGUGAUUUCACACGUACAAACCUUGUAUGAGUUAUGUGUGAACAUUCUUAGGAACUAGACAUAAGAAAGUAAAUUAGUGUGAGUGAGGGACGAACCGUGGCCGUGGUAAAUUGUGUUGUCUGUUGCUUUAAAGGUGGUCGGUGGUUAGACGAGUAGAGGUAGCUAUGGUCCAUGAUGACGAUUCUUUCAAGUAAGUUAGCGUUAAAUAGAAUUUUCGGUUGAUUGGAGCCUGUUGUCAAUGUCCAUCGAGGUUAUUGAGGUGCUCUCGUUGUCGUUCCCGCGAGGGUACUGUCAACAAACGAGAAUAAACGAAGCAAUUGACACGGCUUUCGAUGUUGUCGUCAGACAACGUCAAACAAAUCUGAGAAUUUGGUUGUUGUGAGAACAAAAAAGAGUAAAUUAAAAAAGAAAAAAAAGAAUACGUCGACAAGUAGAGCUAAUAGCUCUUUACAUCUUUCGACACACGCCCUUCUUAGGAAUGACAAAAACAUCGUCGUCUUAGUUGAUUUCGAGCACCAGCUCUUGUCAACGUGAUUUACUUCCUGGCUAUUAUUUCACUUGGAAGUGAAGAUUAUUACUGACAUUCAAGAUGAUGUCAAAUAACAAACAACCCUCGAUCAACAUGGGACAGACAAAGCUUGAGGAAGCUUUCCAACAGCUUCAAGUCGGCGAAAAGUUCAUCAAGUGGGAUGAGGAUUCUGGGGAUAAGAUCAAUGCAACUCCAGUGACCCUCCGAGUAGAUGAGUUUGGCUUUUAUUUAUAUUGGAUAGAUCAAAAUAAUGAGGUGGACAUGCUUGACAUAGCUCUUAUACGAGACACAAGAACAGGAAAAUAUGCCAAAAUUCCUAAGGAUGCAAAGCUCAAGUCGUUAGUCACAAUGGGAUCCCAAGAUAGUCUCGAAGACAAAACAGUAACUAUUUGUUAUGGAUCUGAUUUCGUCAAUGUUACCUUUGUAAACUUUUGUACAACAAAAGCAGAAAUAGCGCGGCUGUGGACUGACCAAUUAUUUCAAUUGGCUUAUAAUACAACACAACUUAAUAGUAGUACAAUGGUGUUUCUUCAGAAAGCUCAUACCAAGUUAGUUUUGGGUGCAGAUAAGUCAGGAAAAAUUCAGAUAAAAGACAUCAUAAAAAUGUUUACAACAAACAAGGAAGAUCGAAAACGUGUCGAGAAAGCACUGGAUAUUUCCUCAUUGCCAUCCGGAAAGAAUGAUGCCGUACCACUGGAAAAGUUUCAGUUCGAAGACUUUUACAAUUUUUAUAAGUCUCUUGUUCAACGCACUGAUGUAGAAAAGGUUUUUGAUGAGAUUGUGGGUAAUCCAAAGCGCAAAUUGAUGUCUACAUCACAGUUUGUUGACUUCUUGAACCAAUCGCAAAGAGAUCCAAGGCUCAAUGAAAUUUUAUAUCCAUAUGCUAACGAUGCUCGAGCAAGAGAUAUCAUCAAUCAGUACGAACCGAACAAAGUAAACGCAAGCAAAGGGCAGUUAAGCUCCGAUGGAUUUCUAAGAUAUUUAAUGAGCGAAGAUAAUCCAAUCGUUGCGGUUUCCAAGUAUGAACUGUCGGAUGAUAUGGAUCAACCUCUAGCUCAUUACUUUAUCAACUCUAGUCAUAACACCUAUUUAACGGGUCAUCAAUUAACUGGGAAAAGUUCUGUGGAAAUUUAUCGUCAGUGCUUGCUUUCGGGAUGUCGCUGUGUGGAACUCGACUUUUGGAAUGGAAAAUUCGACGAGCCAGUAAUUGUUCAUGGAUACACAUUCGUGCCUGAAAUAUGUGCUCGGGAUGUAAUCGAGGCAAUAGCAGAGAGUGCCUUCAAAACCUCGGAAUUCCCGGUUGUACUCAGUUUCGAGAAUCAUUGCAAUCCCCGGCAGCAGGCUAAGAUUGCUCAGUAUUGUAGGGAGUACUUUGGUGAAAUGUUGCUUGAUGCCCCCCUCGAUUCGCAUAAGCUUGAACCAGGUCAGGAGCUUCCACCGCCGUCUUUUCUUAAACGCAAAAUUAUUAUCAAGAAUAAGAAAAAGCAUCGAAAUCAUAAAAAAGAUCACAAAAAGCGUCAAAAUAAUCAAAAUACAACAGAAAGUACUCACGAGAUCGACGAUAAUGGAGUAAAUCAAUCAGCGGACGGAGAAAAUCGUCUACCGCCAGAUAUAAUCCCUCAAAAUGAAGUUGUUGAUGGUAAUGAUCCGCCAAUGGGUAAUGAAGAUGUAUCCCAUACUCCUUCAACGAUGCUUCAACAGCGACAAGGUAGUAAAGAUUCGAAUCAGGAUGAUGAUGAAGACGAGGAUGAAUCUAGUACAGAAGACGAUGAGUCUAAUGUUGAUGAUAUAAAAAUAAGAAUGGGAGAUAAAGCGCCAGACAAAGCAUCGAAUGCUAAAGAAACAGAAGCAGGUGCUGAAAUAUCAGCUCUAGUUAAUUAUGUACAGCCCGUACACUUUAACAGUUUUGAAAAUGCAGAGAAGAAGAAUCGUAUGUACGAGAUGUCCUCAUUUGAUGAGAAACAAGCAACAACUUUACUUAAAGAAAGACCGCUAGAGUUUGUCAAUUACAAUAAACAUCAGCUAUCACGAGUGUAUCCAGCUGGAACCCGCUUCGAUUCAAGCAACUUCAUGCCUCAAGUGUUCUGGAAUGCUGGCUGUCAAUUGGUUGCUCUAAAUUAUCAGACGCUAGACCUCGCAAUGCAGUUAAACAUUGGAAUUUUCGAGUACAAUCAACGUUGUGGAUAUCUAUUGAAGCCCGAAUUCAUGAGGAGGAAAGAUAGACGAUUGGAUCCAUUUGCCGAGUCUACAGUUGAUGGAAUUAUCGCUGGUACAGUUCGUAUUCAUGUGAUAUCCGCUCAAUUCUUGAGUGACAAGCGUGUGGGAACAUAUGUUGAAGUAGAUAUGUACGGAUUACCAGCAGAUACUGUGAGAAAGAAGUUUAGAACAAAAAUUGUACCAAAUAAUGGAAUCAAUCCGAUUUACGAUGAGGAGCCUUUUAUUUUUAAAAAAGUUGUUUUACCUGAAUUGGCAUCCAUCCGAAUAGCCGCUUACGAAGAUUCUGGUAAAUUAAUUGGACAUCGAGUUCUUCCCGUUGUCGGACUGUGCCCGGGAUAUCGACAUGUAACACUCAGAAAUGAGUGCGGUCAACCACGCCCGUUAGCUAGUCUGUUUUUGCAUGUCAUCGUCAAGGACUAUGUUCCUGAUGGCUUCAGCGACUUUGCGGAAGCAUUGGCGAAUCCUAUAAAAUACCAAAGUGAAUUAGAAAAGAGGGCGAAGCAAUUGGAAAGAUUGAUGGAUGUUGAUGACGGAUCUGAAGGCGAAGUUGAGGAAAAAGAUAAAGAUAAAAAUAAAGAUAAGGAUAAGGAUAAAGAUAAAGAUAAGGAAAAGGAUAAGGAUAAAGAAAGGAUUGUUAGUGGAUCUAGUGCUUCUAAACCUAUUGAUGAGUCUGCGAAAAUCACGAGAAUGCAAUCUAUAGGUGACCAACCCACAGGGACUGGAUUGCAAGGUUCACAUGGCAGAUCAUCAACAGCAGGAAUUAAUUCAACAGAUAUCACUGAACAAGAAGGGUCAGUGACAACUCCAACUGUCGCUCCUGCUGAUAUGUCAUCGAAUAAACUUGCGAUCACUGUAACCGCCAUCGGAGAUGGGAUUGAAGCUGAACCGUUGGAGAAAUUCAUGAAUGACAAAAUAGUGAAAAAAAAACAGAUGAAGUUAGAUAAAGAACUUGAAACUCUUCGACGUAAGCAUGAAGAAAAAAAAAUGCGUGUACAAUCAGCAAAAGGAUCAUCGGAUGGUGAAAAAAGAAAAAUUAAAUUUUCUCCUAGUCAAUUGGUGAAACGCCUGUCAAAUAGAAACAUAUUCUCUAGUGAUGUUGGUUUGAGUAAUAUAACACCAACAGAAUCGUCUGUCCUAUCUGAUUCUGAAUGUCCUAAAGAAAAUCGAGAUGGUGUUGAAAGCACAGUACGUGGUAUCCCAAGAAGUCAGAGUGAACGAUAUUUAGCCGUUUGUAAACAACAAUUACAGGAGGUCCGAGCUCUUCGAGAGAAAUACAACGAAAUUGUGUUCGCUGAAGCAGAAAAAUUAAUGAAUAAAUCGCAAGAGAAUCAAAUGAAAACGUUACGAGAGUUGUUGGACACAGAAACCAAUAAUGUAAUGUGCAAGCUGCAAACGAUGCGGUAUGGUGAGUUGAAACAAUUAUCUAAAGUACAUAAGGAUAAAGCGGAAUUGAAGCGUAUGAAACGUGAAGUGUCAAAAACAACUGUGGAGAAAGGCGUCAAUGAGCGUACGAGAUUAACGCAGAUUUAUGAAAAAAAGAGGUCGGAGCUCGAGAGGCAGCAUGAAGAGGUUCGUCAAAGACUUAUCGAGGAGAAAAAUAAGGUAAAGGCAGCUCUGAAUGAUGAAUACACUAGUCUUUAUAAUAAAUACGAAAUUGGUGAGUUAGCAAAAUUACCUUCGGGUAGUAAAAGUAUCGCAGAGUCACUCAGCGAAACAUAUUGACUUCUUUAAUACAUAAAAUAGUGAUACGAUUUAUCAAAUAAAUUAAACAAAGUUCGUGUUUUGUGUGAAGACUGUGCGUCUUCGAAGAAAUAAACAUCGACGCAUUUACUUCAUGAAUAAUAAGCAAAAGACGUGAUAACACUGAGGAAUUGGAUCUUCAAGUGUCAAAAUCUACAUUAGAUAAAUCAAUUUUGUCUUCAACGUCUCUGUAAAUUGAUGGCUAUUAUGAGACAAAUAAUUCAAGUAGAAAUGUCCGUACAGUGUACGACAUAUCAUAAGUCAUUUUCUUUUUAAUGACAACUCUUACUUGUUUGUUUCGUUUUUUUUUUACAGUAUUAGAAAGUAAAUGUUUUAUGUCAUUAUCUUGAGCAAUUUAAAUUGAAUGAAUUUAAGUGAAAAAAAGUAAUGGAUAUUUUUUGAUGGUAACUAAUUCUAAAUAAGCAUACUGUCCGAAAUAAUUGCUCUCCAUCUUGUUGUUAUAUAAAUAAGAAGUUAUUUAUUCAGGAAAAAAAAACAACUAAUCAAAGUCUAAUCACGUCCUGUAUCGCAGAAUAAUUUAUUAGAGACGUAUUUGUCAGCAUAAAUUGGAUGUUUAGAUUGUUUUCCGAUAGGAAAAAUAAGAUCGUGAAUUUUUGAAUAUCAUCAUGAGCUUUCUUUUGGCCUAGGCAUUGGAAAAUAGGAAGACAUAUUUGAUUGAUACAAAAUUGACUGAAAGUAUUACCUGAAAAACAUUCUUUGGGGGGUAAUUAAAAUAACAAAAAUUUAAUAAAAAUAUGAACUAAAGAUAAUAAUAAUAAGUCUGGAAUCGUAGGUGAUAAAUUAUCGGAUAAUGUAUUAGGUCAUAACAUUGAAAAAAAAACAUAGGAUUACACAAUUGAUGAGCAGCUUUGGUGGCUUUAUUUUUUGUGGCAGUUUUUGAAAAAAAAAAAAAAUCGUGAAAAGUUUUACAUUCAUCAUCUUUUUGGAAAUGAGUAAUUCUGGUUAAAUGACCGCAUUGAGGAAGACAAUCAAAAAUGUUACAUGAUAAGCAUUUAGAAGUAACAUUUUCCCUAAUUGUUUUUGAUUAUAUCUCAAAAAUUUACUUAUAAUAAUCGAAUCCUCAUUAAUUUUACGACAUAGAUAAGGUAUAAAGAUCUGCGUAUUGUAAUUUUCUGAACAAAUAAUUAUUGACGCACUAUUACUAAUAUCAAUAUUAAUAUAUUACUUUUUUCUAAGUAUUGAUUUAUUUUCCAUUUAAAACAUUGGUUUCAAAUUAAUUCCAGAUCAUGUAAAUUUUUCAAAAAAAUAUGAUCAACCAUUUGAAACCAAUUAUUUUAAAUGGCGGUGGGAUUUAAGAACGUCAGGGGAUUUUACUCUUGGAAUAAAAUAUGUAUUAAGAGAGUAAAAUUAUUCUACAAAUAAUGAAUAACAAGUCAUUGAUAAUAAUUGAAAUUUAAUAUUAAUAUUAUUGAUAGCAUUUCUCCGAGUCAUUAUUGCCAUUACGCUUAUUGUUAUUUGUCGGCAUAAUGAUUUUACAAUAAAUAAGUAAAUUAUCCGACGAUGUUUUAAUCAAACCGCCAAUCAAUAUAGCGGGACGUGUUGUGAUAUUAAUGGAUCUCAAAGCAAUCGUAGGAUUGAAAAAAAAUCUACGACUAAGAGGAGGUUAUUAAAAUAUUACCAUCAAUAUUACUCUAAAUUCUUAUUCGAAAAAAGUACAAUAUGCUUCUACUUCUCAUUGUCACUAAAAUUAAUGGUUGACUGAUCUAUUUGCUACUAAGAUUAUAAUUAUAAUUAAAUUUAAAUGAUUAAACAAGUCUAAUUAUGGGAUGAAUUAAAAAUUGUGUUAUAUCAUCAAUUAAUAUUUCAAUUAAAAUGCAGUUGUGAAUUUUAUUGCAAGUUUUAAUAGUUUUAUGGAAUUAUAUUAAGAUUUAUCUUUAAUCAAAACUCCGAUUGAUUACAAUAUAAUACUGAAGGGAAAAAAAUUCUAAAUAAUUGGAGAAUGAGAAAAUAUUAAAUCGAGCUUCAAUACUCUUUAGAAAGCAAUACAAAAAAGUUCAACGAUGAAGUAAAAAAUCAUAGAGAAUCUUAAAUCGACUAAACCGAUCCUCCUGAGUCCAUUUAUCCAUUAUACUUAACUAAGGAUUGCAUUUUCUAGAUAUUAAUUGUAUAAUUGUAUAAAAAACUAUAGGAGAAUAAGCGCAAGUUUUUAAAAUUAAUUUAACGUUGAUGUGAUGUAAAUUAUUAUCAAAGAUAAUUGAUAUUCAUGAAUUGCAGAAACCAUACAAUGUUCAAAUGAAGUUACCAUUAUGUUUGCUAAAAUAUCUAACUAUUUUAUUCAUUGAUUUAUAUACACAUCUAUUAUAUAUUUUUUAAGCUAUAAGCGCUAAAAAAUAUGAUUAAAAAAAAUUGAUCAAUGAUUUUUAAUUGAAAAUGUAUUUUUAUGCAUUAUUGAAUAGAUUAUUGAGAAAAAAUAUUCUGUGACAGAGAUCAUAUAUGUGAAAGAGUAAUCUAAAGUUUAUAAAAGAAUUGAUACAAAAAAUUUUUUUUUAACAAAAAGUUUUCAAAACCAUGAAAAUUUUUGAAUCAAUUUUUGUUGCUGAAACAGACUUCGUAAUUUUACUGAUUGUGCUCAGAACGUUGUUUUAAAGGAAUUAUUUAAUAAGUCAGAAAGUUUUAUUGUACAUUGCCUUGCGAUUUCUCCUAAAUUUUUCUUCCAUGCCAUAUACAUGAUACAUAUACAUAAUAUAUAUAAAAACAAAAUAUAUAUAUAUAUAUAUAUAUAUACAUAAAUGUAUUUAUACAAAUGGGUAUGUAUAGAAAGUAAUGAUUAAUAAUUAAUGAUAGAGAUUAUUAUAUAUUCGCGUUGAUAUAAUAUGUGUUGUUGCUGUUGAUGUUGUUAAUUAUAAAUGUAGUCAACGAGUAGCUAGACAAACUGAUAUUUUAGUCUUUGUUCGUGUAUAACAGAUAAGAAAUAUGUCAAGAUUUGGAUGCGCUGACUUGCCAAGGUAUCAAGCGCGUACUUUCUGAGCCAAUGUCUGAGUUGAAUUUUUAAAUUGAAUGGAAAUGAUGAUUUUCUAAACAAAAAAGUAUAAUAAUUAGCUGUCUUCCCUAUGAAUGAAACUAAAAAUUCUAUAUACCAAAAUGUUAACUUAAAUUAUUUAUUUUAUCAAUCUAUAACAUAAAUAUUUUUUAAAAUAUUUACAUUCACUUGAAAAAAAAAACAUUAUCCAUCAAUUUAAAAAUUAUUCACAUUUAAUAAUACAUUUUAUUGUACAACUCUAUUGAUUUGAACUUUCUUUCUAAGCACAUGCAAGGCUCGCUAGUCGCGUUUGAAAUUACGACGCUUAUUUUCUGUUAUUUUAGUAUCAUUUG